AUGUCUUCUCAGGCGAAGAAAAUGUUUCGACGCCAGCUCUUGAGCUACGUCGCACUGCUGAUGAUCCCACCCGCAUCAGCUCUAACCCACCCAGAGCAAAUCACGCUGGCGCCGCCUCUGAUGCUGUCCCCUUUAAUCUGCAAGGGCCAGAUCCAGCUCGCCCAGGAACAAAGUCUGGUAAAAGACGAGAAACAUCUCAUCCCUCACAGCCACGCAGGGUUCAUCACUGUGGACGAGAAACUCGGAAACCAUUUGUUUUUCUGGUUCUUUCCUUCAACUUCCGGACCCGAAUCCCCGCUUGUAGUGUGGCUGAAUGGGGGACCGGGAAAUCCGUCUUCGUUGGGUUUGUUAAAUGAAAACGGGCCUAUUCGACCCUUGAACGAUUCGUACGCGAGCAGAAUCAUUUCAUGGACACAGACAAUGUCAAUGUUGUAUAUAGACAACCCCGUCGGCGUCGGCUACAGCUAUUCAGACAGUGGGGUCUCAGGGUAUCGAAAAGACCAAGAUGGCUAUUCUAAAGAUCUGUAUGAGUUUAUAGAACAGUUUUAUCUUUUAUUUCCCGAAUAUCUGAACCGAGAUUUGUACAUCGGUGGUAAAUCUUAUGCUGGAAAUUACGUCCUGGCAUUUGCGCAUCGUCUGCAUCUAGAAAUCAAAGCAGGAAGAUCGAUAAUUCGAUUAGCAGGUAUUUAUAUUGGAGGUCCAAGCUUUGAUUUGCACAACCAAGCUUUAGCAUCGACAGACUAUUGGCUUGCGACCGGGGCCAUCUCAAAGAAACAAGCUACGGAACAGAAAAGACGUGUUGUUGAAUUGUUUGAGGAGUUCAAACAAAAUCAGUUUAACUUUAGAUCAACAGAUGAGCUAUACCCACGCUUAAUUGUUCAUAAGGGUCGGGUUUUUUACAACUUCGCGAACAACUACUAUUCUGGUGAACCACAGGUCCAAACGUUUGCCGAAGUCGAGGGACUUAUGAACAGCAUCCCCAUGAGGAACCUUGUCCACGUCGGAGACCGCGAGUAUUUAUUCAUCGAUUCUCCUGUAGGGAGUUACCUGGUCCAAGAUUUUAUGAGCAGUUCAACAUCCAAACUGGCAACUCUGUUGGAGGAGAAGUACAAAGUUUUGAUCUACACCGGUGACUUGGACGCUCUGAUCAGCCCUGCGAUGGUAGACGCAGCCUUGCUGUCUAUGAAGUGGUCCAGACGGCAGGAAUACCAGGACUCGAAGCGGUCGGUUUGGUGGGGCGGCAAUGGAAAUGACGAGCUGUUCGGGUUCUAUUCCAGGGUUGGCAACCUCUGCCAGGUUGUCAUUAAAGGCGCCGGACACUCCGCAGGUCAUGAUCAGCCCGGGAGGGUGUUUGAAAUGAUGAACCUCUUCCUUCAGCAAGGCUGUAUCGGCGUGUGA